AUUCAGUUCAGUGUUUUUAACUUCAUAUCGACAACAUCAUCAACACUGACUGCAGUAUGAACCGAUUUAUAGACAUAGACCCAGUCUAUCAACCUAUAAUUAAAAUGGUAGACAACAGAAAGGUCAGAGGUUAAAUAGAGGAAGAGCCAUCAGGAAAAUUUAUUCAGCCAGGCAAUGACACAACAAUCAGAGGAGACAAUCAAUCACAAACCAGUUGGUCAGGAUAAGCUACAAAAUCACUCAUGGGGGAAAUAUUGACAGCUCGUUUCAUACUAAAGUUUUAUAACAUUUAACUCGUAAGAAUGUACUUGUUGUGGAAGACGACAUCAUUAUUUUGCUUAAUAAGUUAUACAUUUGCUGUUGCGUUGAGCACACUAGAGUCAGAGAACAAAAAUCUUACUGAUUAUGUCACUGAUUUAUUAGAACAGAAUGAAACUGAUACGAUAGAUUCAGUACUGAGAGAAAAUAUCACUCAAGGAAUAACAACUUCUAGGAUGAAGUUGCCAUUUGAAGAAUUGAAAACAACUCCUGAAAUUCCCCAUCAACUUCAAUUCAAUGAAAAUGUUACUUCUACACAUUUGACAGAUGUAUUCUCAGAGACAUUGCCUGAAUUCUUGAAUACUACCAAUGCUGUACUUAUCAAUGCAUCAGAAUCGAAUGAAGAAACUUUAUAUAAGCAUUUCAAUCAUAAACCUAUAAAAAAUAGUUUGAAUGCUACAGAUGAAAACCUUUUACACUUGUCAGAAAAUCAUAAGGAACAUGAUAAAUUGUAUCAUUCAUCUAACGCAAUGAAUAAAACACAAUAUCACUUCAAGAAUAAGCACUCCAAGGGAUUUGAUUUAAUUAAGCAUAGAGGAAAGUCAUCACGAAAUCUAAAAGAUAUUCAGAAGCAUAAUUUCAAUCUUGACGAUAUACAUAACCAUGAAUAUAACAAUAAGGAUGAGAACAAUGAGAAUAAUGAAGAUUUAAAGGGAGAUGAAGAUUCCGUGUUAACAUUUCAUUGAUAUAUAUACACAUAUACAUUAGUCAUUUUGUAUUUUUUACAAAGUAAACAAGCCACAGCUUUAGACAUUGACACUUUAAAAAUGAUUCAAUUCAAUGUUGUAAUUGUUUAAAAUUCAUGUUUGAUUACGCUUUUUUUUUCUUCAAAUUUCUGCCAUGUUUAAAAUAGAUUGUUGUUUUAAAUGUCAUUGAACAAAAUGUUUCAAUAAAUUUGUUCUAGAUAGAUUCAUAGUGUCUAGUUUUAAGGAUGAAUUACUCAUCUGAGCUAUAUAUAAUAUGGCAUUUCUUAGUCGA